AUGAUAAAUAAUUCAUUUCGUAAAACACUUAUUGGAUAUCUACAUCCAUUUGGUUGGCUCUCAACAUAUUAUAAAAUGUCUACAUCACCACAUUCUGAAUAGAUUUCUCCAAAACUAAAAAUAAUGCGACCAACAAAAUAAAAAUUUCUUAUUUCUUAUAAAGAAUUCAUUAAACAUUGUCAGCUGCUUUAGUAAGAUUAAAUAUCUGAGAUUAUAAAACAGAUUAAAUUGAUUCCAUAAGCAUCUCCUAGUUAAAUUUUGGAGUUCAUUAAUUCAAUAUAAAUUGAAGGAGAAAUUAAAAAUAUUGUAGAAAAUUUUGAAUUUCUGCCAGAGGAAUAUUAAUCAAUUUUAAUUUCCAAAAAAAUAACAUAACCAACACCUAUUUAAAAAGCUAUCAUUCCGUUAAUAUUAGAGGGAAGAGAUGUAAUUGCAAUUGCUGAAACUGGAUCUGGCAAAACUUUAGCUUAUGCUUUACCAGGGUUAAUCCAUUCUCAAGCAUAACCGAAAGUGAAGGGUCCUAGAAUUUUAGUGCUUGCUCCAACAAGAGAAUUAGCAUAAUAAAUCUAAUCGCAAUAUGAACUUUUUAUUAAAACAUGUUGUGUAUAUGGAGGUGUAUACAAAAAUCUACAAUAUUGUGAAAUAUUAGGAAUGAAAGAAUCGAGAAACAAUAUUUAAUUACCAUCAGUAAUUAUUUGUACUCCUGGUAGAUUAUUAGAUUUUAUGAAUGAUGGCUAUCCUUUGCAUUCUAUAACUCAAGUUGUUUUAGAUGAAGCUGACAGAAUGUUAGAUAUGGGAUUUGAAGAUUAAAUUAAAUAAGUUCUUAUGGCUGUAAGAGAAGACAGACAAACUUUAUUUUUUAGUGCAACAUGGCCAUAAGAAGUUUAAAGAUUAGCUAAUUCCUUAUGCAUUUAAGAUCCUGUACUCUUAUAACUUGGAGAAUAAGGAUUAACUGUUAAUAAAAAUAUUAAGCAAGAAAUUAUAUUUAUUUAUGAAAAUAAAUUUGAACAAUUCGUUGAAUUAAUGGAAAAAUUAAAAGAAUAAAAAUUACUCAUCUUUUGUUAGAAGAAACUUGACACCUAAAAAUUAGAGUAUCGUCUAUCAUAACAUGGUUUAAAAGCUAGAUUUUUGCAUGGAGACUUAAAACAAACUGAAAGAGAUUACAUUCUUGAAGAUUUUAAAACGGGAAAAAUAAAUUGUUUGAUUGCAACUGAUUUAGCAUCCAGAGGCUUAGAUGUUUCAAAUGUAGAUGUUGUUGUAAGACUUUUAUUUAAUAUUAGGUUAAUUAUGAUUUCCCUCCUAAAAUUUAAGAUUAUAUUCAUAGAAUAGGUAGAACUGCUAGAGCUGGCAAAAAAGGAUUAGCUAUCAGUUUGUUAGAACCUACUUUUAUGAAUAACAAACUUAAGAACGAUUUAAUUUAAGUACUUUAAUAAUCUGAUUAAUUUAUUCCCUAAGAAUUAUUAAACUUAAGGCUGUGAUAUAUAGUAAUUAUGAUCUAUAUUUUUAUGUAAACUAUUCCAUAUUUACUUCUCAAAACAUAGAAUUAAAUAGCUAUUAUAAUCUAUUUAAUGUACNAGAUGUAAUUGCAAUUGCUGAAACUGGAUCUGGCAAAACUUUAGCUUAUGCUUUACCAGGGUUAAUCCAUUCUCAAGCAUAACCGAAAGUGAAGGGUCCUAGAAUUUUAGUGCUUGCUCCAACAAGAGAAUUAGCAUAAUAAAUCUAAUCGCAAUAUGAACUUUUUAUUAAAACAUGUUGUGUAUAUGGAGGUGUAUACAAAAAUCUACAAUAUUGUGAAAUAUUAGGAAUGAAAGAAUCGAGAAACAAUAUUUAAUUACCAUCAGUAAUUAUUUGUACUCCUGGUAGAUUAUUAGAUUUUAUGAAUGAUGGCUAUCCUUUGCAUUCUAUAACUCAAGUUGUUUUAGAUGAAGCUGACAGAAUGUUAGAUAUGGGAUUUGAAGAUUAAAUUAAAUAAGUUCUUAUGGCUGUAAGAGAAGACAGACAAACUUUAUUUUUUAGUGCAACAUGGCCAUAAGAAGUUUAAAGAUUAGCUAAUUCCUUAUGCAUUUAAGAUCCUGUACUCUUAUAACUUGGAGAAUAAGGAUUAACUGUUAAUAAAAAUAUUAAGCAAGAAAUUAUAUUUAUUUAUGAAAAUAAAUUUGAACAAUUCGUUGAAUUAAUGGAAAAAUUAAAAGAAUAAAAAUUACUCAUCUUUUGUUAGAAGAAACUUGACACCUAAAAAUUAGAGUAUCGUCUAUCAUAACAUGGUUUAAAAGCUAGAUUUUUGCAUGGAGACUUAAAACAAACUGAAAGAGAUUACAUUCUUGAAGAUUUUAAAACGGGAAAAAUAAAUUGUUUGAUUGCAACUGAUUUAGCAUCCAGAGGCUUAGAUGUUUCAAAUGUAGAUGUUGUUGUAAGACUUUUAUUUAAUAUUAGGUUAAUUAUGAUUUCCCUCCUAAAAUUUAAGAUUAUAUUCAUAGAAUAGGUAGAACUGCUAGAGCUGGCAAAAAAGGAUUAGCUAUCAGUUUGUUAGAACCUACUUUUAUGAAUAACAAACUUAAGAACGAUUUAAUUUAAGUACUUUAAUAAUCUGAUUAAUUUAUUCCCUAAGAAUUAUUAAACUUAAGGCUGUGA